AUGGCACAUUCACGUCCUUCUGCUCGCGCCCGGCCCUCGAGACCGAUUCGUCAAAACCGAACCCAGGUUUCGUCCUAUCAUGAGGAAUCCACAUCUGACGAGUUGGACCAGCUGCAAAAUUCUGAUCAAAAUGUCUCCCGGCGUGGCUCACUAUCCCUGCGUCCUCGAAAUACACCAAAAACACGCCGAUCCUAUCGGGAGAAGUCCACCGAUGAAAGCCUUGGGGAGCUGUCAGAUGAACACGAUUUGAAUGUCAAUCCAACUGCCGCUGAGCUGCCACCUGUGGAACAGAUUCCUGCUGCCAUUCCCCCGCCCACCUCCCGUGCCCCGCAGCGCACUCGACGUGCUCCACCUCGGUCCACCAAAACCAAACGACCACGGCCAAAGUCAAGAGCACUGGGACAGCCGUCGAAAAAGCGCUCCAAAAAUGAGCCCGAACCGUUCUUCGUGGGAUCUGGAGUGAUUCCUCCAUGGCAAACACUCCCGUAUCAUAUCCUCUUUGAAAUCUUCCUCCGAGCCUACUACCCUCUUGACGAUCCCAAGAUCCAAGCAGUUAAGACGCCUGGCAAAACACCGGAGACAAAGUCAGCCAACAACAUUGUUGGCAUCGCAACUCUGUGCCGUGGGUUUUCGGAAGCUGCUCUUGCAGCUCUAUACUACCGACCUCCAGUAUUCUCCGCAUACCACGGCCAUGGACUCUUGAAUUUGCUAUCGAUGCCCUCAGAAUCCCAGUUUAUUAACUACGCUGGGAAGAUCAGAGAGCUUUAUAUCGAUGCUGAAAGUGUUCUUACUUUGAAAAGCGGCCCGACCCUGGGCUAUUUUGACUUGCCCCAGUUGCUUCAAAAAACCCCUCGACUCCACACCCUACGCCUCUACCAUCCUGAGGAUGUGGUCUUCGGGCAUCCACCAGUGACUCUUUCCCUAUCAAAGUGGAGCUACUCAGAACCGUUAUUUUCAGCCCUUGAUCAAAGUGGAAUCAAGCUGCGCAGUUGGGAGUGGAACGGUCGCUUUCUUGACACGGACUUGUUGCUUCCUCUCAUGUUAGAGAAACAUUCAAGUCCCUCAUUUCAAGGAGUCAAAGACAUUCGGCUUGUUCAUCUCCUCGACAAUAAUCGAGAGGACACUUGUGGCAAGGAAAUCGCUCUUGCCACGACUCUCAAGGCAUUGCCCGACAUAGAGCGUCUUGAAUUCCACGAGUGCAGCAUUUUAACUGGCAGCAUUCUAGAGCAACUGCCACUGACACUCCGCUCACUGACGAUUUCCAAUUGUGAUCGACUGGUGGCCAGUAACAUUACCGAACUCCUGAAAAUCCACGGCGGACAACUUCUCGAGCUGACCCUUAAUCACAAUCGCCACAUGAGUAUGGAGUUCAUACCCCAUCUAGGUAUUUGCUGCCCACAACUGGAAAGGUUCAAGGUAGACAUGUCCAUGUUUGACACGUCAAGCUAUCAUGACCUUGAACCUCAUUUCCCUCAGCUUCUCUAUCAUGACCAACGUCCAACCUGGCCUGAGAGUCUGCAAGAAAUUGAACUGCAUCAGCUUCGACACUGGGAUUCAAAAUUAGGGGAGAUGUUCUUCACGUCUUUACUUGAGGCCGCGCCGAAGUUGAAGGAUCUACGGUGGGUGGACAUCAGUGUCAUUCUUCCGGUUGGAUGGCGGGAUCGUGCUCAAUUUCGAAAGAAAUGGGUUGACCGCUUGACAGCGGCCUUCUUGCGGCGUAGCCCUCCGCCUAACCCAAACUUUCGUUCUCUACGAAAACGACCGCUGGCUCCUGUUCCACAUGCUCCCAUUCCCGACGCCUCAGCCCGUGCCAACACCGUAGACGGCGAAUCCCACACUUCCAAACGGCACAGCAGCCGCAUAGCACAGCAAAAGAUUCCCACAGACAACUUAGAGGCGAAUUUAUCCGACCACGACAAUGAAUUUGAGCAUCUGGAAAAUGCCCAGGGAAUGUGUCAACAUUUCACAAUUCGGAUUGACAAUCAACGACCUAAUGAAUUCCAAUACAGCGAAAAACACUUCCUUGAUGAUGAAAUCAGCGGCGAUGAGGACUGGGCAGGCGAUGAUUUCGAGCCCGAAGAUGGCCACGCGUGGUAG